UGGAGACAGCACGCGUCCACUUCCGGUUGGGCAGAGAGCUGGAAAAAUAGCAACGGCUGAGGAGCACAGCUGGGGAAGGAGGAGGCCAGGCUGGAGCUAAAGCGAGUCGCUGUGCAGAGGAAUGGGCGACGUUUGAUCGGAGAAGGUUCUCUACAAACCAGGAGAGAAGACAGUGAGUCAUGGAGGACUGUGGUAGCCUCAUAGAGUUCGAUGUACCUGAGUUCAGCAAUACCGUCCUGAACCAGCUCAAUGAGCUCCGUCUCCAGGGCAAGCUGUGUGACAUCAUUGUGCACAUUCAGGGCCAGCCAUUCCGAGCCCACAAGGCCGUCCUGGCCGCCAGCUCACCGUACUUCCGCGAUCAUUCAGCACUAGGCACGAUGAGUGGCCUCUCCAUCUCCGUAAUCAAAAGCCCCGAGGUGUUUGAGCAGCUGCUUGCCUUCUGCUACACUGGCCGAAUGUCAUUGCGCCUACGUGAUGUCAUCAGCUUCCUCACGGCUGCCAGCUUCCUCCAAAUGCAGGCUGUGAUUGACAAAUGCACACAGAUUCUUGAGGGUAUUCACUCCAAGAUCAGCGUCCCUGUGCCUGCUGGGAUGGAUCCAGAUAACGAUUGCACCACCUCAAGGGCUGGACGCAACGGUGUGAAAGACGGAGGUAUCUUUGUAAACCCCACCCAGAUUUCGCCGCCCUAUUUUUCUCGCCAGAAUCAUUGCGCUGAGGGGCGGAGCUCAGGUAAGGGAGCGGCAGAAGAAGGUCAGUCAGACCGAGGGAGUAGCGACGGCAUAUCCGAGCAGGAGGUGUCCAUGGAGGUCGAAUCCGAACAAGUAGACCUCAUCGGAAAGGAUGGACAGGUAACCGAUGUCCAUAUCAAACUGGAGAAAACGGACCGGCCCAGCUACUCCGAUAGCUCAUCGGCCGGUGAUGACGGCUACCACACAGAGCUGGUGGAUGGUGAACAGGUGUUGGCUGUCAGCGUGGGAUCGUACGGGCCUGUGAUUUCCUCUGCCGGUUACACUUACUCUGCAUUACCUUCCUCCUGUUUCGUGAGCCUGAGUUCUUCUAGCCCAUCUCGCUCAUUGCUCAGCAGCGUCCGGGGUGGACGUGCCCGCCCGAAACGUCCCGUUCCGCUUCCGGCCGAUCUGCUAACUCAGCUCAAGCCCGGUGCCGAGGAAGGAGAUCCACCCGCAACGGCAACUACCUUGGAGAAUGACGUAAGGGAGCGGAGUUUCCGCGGACAGUGGUACCCCUACAACGAGCGCCUCAUCUGCAUCUACUGCGGCAAGUCCUUCAACCAAAAGGGCAGCCUGGACCGUCACAUGCGUCUGCACAUGGGCAUCACACCUUUUGUCUGCAAGUUCUGCGGCAAGAAGUACACCCGCAAAGACCAGCUGGAGUACCACAUCCGAGGCCACACGGACAACAAACCCUUCCACUGCCAGAUCUGCGGCAAAUGCUUUCCCUUCCAAGGCACACUCAACCAGCAUUUGCGUAAGAAGCACAUGACCUCUGGCACAGAAGUUAACAAUCACACUGACUUGCUGGGAGAGGCACCAGAUGGCCAGAGACCGGAGCAAGAGGAUGCCUCCGAGGGUGAAGCGGCCUGCGGAGCAGCUUAUCCCGAUGAUUUGUCAACGAAAACCCCCAGCGAAGAAAGUGGCAAGUGUAGUCCGGAAGAAACCCCUGCAUCCAAACCCCUGCGUGGAUACUGAGAGUUUUCCAUUUGGUUGUUUGUCCUCCUUAUCUAAUAAGGAAGCAUAAAGGGUUACUCUUUUAGUGAUUUAGCCCAGCUGUUUUUAAAGAACGACAAGAAAUAACCUGCCUUGCGCAUUUUCUACUCGUCCAUUUUUGUGGAAGUUCUACACAGGACAAAGAUCGAGAGAAAGUUUUUAAGGAGUUUUUCAAAGGGAAGGAGUCCUAUAAUCGGGGAACGAAAUAUUCGGGGAGGAGGUCUCUGUAAUCAAGGCCUCCUAAGAGUUUUAUCACAUUUUUAUAUAUCUAUAUAUAUAUAAAUAUAUAUAUAUUUCCAUGUUUUUCAACAUAUUUACAGAGUAAUAUAGGCAUGUUGCAAUAAUGAAUAAUGUGAAAGCUCAGAUGAGAUGCUUGUCAUAUCACGCUUUUACCUGACCUGUUUUUGCACAUGUGGCCUGUAAUAGGUCACUCACUCACGAGGAAUGGUUUAUCUGCCAGUGCAAGGCUCUUUUGUGACACAUCCUUCAAUACCUCAUUAUACAACCUCAACAUAUACUCAUAAUGGACAGUAUUUGUAGCUUGUCGUCAACUCCAGCCAGGUUUUACCUCAUAGCAAAGAACCUGAACGGAGGGGAAGAAGCUUCUCUCAGUAAAGUCACAUUUGUUUUGUUUUCGUAGGGUUUGAAUGAAUGCUGCAGUGAAAACCCCUGAACAAAACAUCUUCACUCUACCAAGGCUUGAUACUUCAGUGAAAUAUUCCUUAGUGAUUGUAUGAAUUCUGGAUUAAUCUUGUUCAGCCAUGUUGUGCGUAUCUCUGAGAAUAUUGUUAGUACAAGGUAUACCUGUGGUUUAUUUUCAGGAUCGUCCUUUUUUUUUUUUUUUUUUUUUUUUUUUUUUAAAUGCCAUAUUUUCAUAAUCACAGUCUGUCACCUUACACACUUCCUGUAAGAUUAUCCACUUAGUUUCAGGUAUAAUAUAAACAGUAUAAUCACAGAUUAGUGCUGGAGUAGAGAAACAGUCAACAAUAUUAUUCAGUUAAGAAAUGUUUAGUCAAAGUUUUGCCUUUUGAUUUGGUGCCAAGUUUCUUUCUUUCUUUCUUUUUUUUCUUCUCUCAAAAUCAAAUUCAGAAAAACAAUUUUUUUUUUUUUUUUGUCGUUUAAGUUUUUCCAAACAAAAGUGGGGAGGGUGUGCCUUUUUAAAAUGAAAGUUAAAAUUUAUACAUUAAUAUAUUUGUAGACCCGUUUCUUAAAGUGGUGUGGGAGUCAUGCAAGUUAUGAAAAUUGCCUUAGGGCCAUACCGACAUUGGAAGGAAGGGGGAAAAACUUCUUAGUAAAAUAUUUAUAGCAUUAAUGUACACACUUGAUCAGUGGUUAAAAUUGCAAACAGCUCUUCUUGUGUUCAGCUGGCUCGAAAGAAUUUUUAGUUAGUUUUUUUUUUUUUUUUUUUUUUUUCAAAACAGCUGUGAGAAGAAGCUCUCUUUGGCUUCUCACACUUGUGGAUCUGUCGAUGUACAGACCAAAACGUUUGCUGUUUCAAUACAGAAAUGUAUAAUUGAAGAAGAUUCACUUACUGCCGGUAUGCUUUUGUUAAUGUUAAAUUGUAUGGAGGGGUAUUGUUUAUGCUGGAGGUAUAUCGCGUAGGGUUUCAUACUACAAUAGAGCAGUAAUAAGAUAAACCUGCAGUGUCAGUACCACUAUUGUGGGCACUUUUAUACAUUAAGUAUUGCGAAGAGAGAACCCUGGAUGCCUAUUAUGUCCGCAAUAUCUCUUCCCAUCCAUUUUCAUUGUUAUGUAACUGGUGCAAAACGUCAUACCUCACUUUUUUUUUUUUUUUUGUCUUUUUCUGACCUGUGAUUGAAUAAGGCUCCUUGUUGUCUCACAUGCCAAUUGUAGAUACAUUUUUAUUAUUUCUUAUCACCACACUGUCUUAUUUGAUUAAUUCUGAUGAAUUCUAUAAGCGGCUACAUAAGCAAAACAAGUAAAAUGGCGUAUUGUCGACUCAUCUUUUAUAGUCCUCGCUACAGUCGAGCAUCUGCCUCCCUGACUGUCUGCAGUAUAUUUGAUUUAUAGGUCUUGAUGCUCAGACAGAUUAAAACAUGCCUCGCUUUUACAAGAUUCAAGUGCUUUCAAGUUUGCCUGACAUACCAUUUGGAUAUUUACUUCACCACACCCUCCAUAAGUUAACUUUAAUGAGCAUUAGCCAAGGAUAGUUAACGUAAGCAGCAUUCCCCUUUUGUUUAGAAACUCUGGUAUUAUCCUUCGACGACAACUCCUCAAUUCUGCCAUCCACAUCCAGUAUCACGCCUUGGACAAAACCCGUUUCUGAAAGUACGAUACGUUAAAAUACACAGUGACUUACAUUAUGGUGCUGUUCUUUUCUUUUGUUGCGUUUACUCAACUUUUUAUUUCAGUUAAAGUAUUUAGAGAUUUCAAAUUGAACUUCAGGACUUCUACCCUCUCUCUUUCUUUAAAACCAUUUUCACUCAAAGUGCAAAUUUUAGAAUGCUGAACUAUAUUCGUGCCAUUUAAAAUCUCUUCAUGUGCUCGUAUUACUGGCAGAUGAGUGAGAAUGAACCUUACACUUUAAUUUUUAGCGGCUGUCGACUUUUGAAUCGGUUUUAAACAAUGAGCCAAUGUGAAAACUACAGUUAUCGAGAGCCAAAACUCUGAAUGCAGAACACCUCGUACUACUGACAGCAUGUUUGGUGUCGUUCUGUGACAUGAGAUACCAUGUAUGCCAUUUGAAACAUUGUAAGCCUGACUGCUUUGUUCCCUGAACAUGUUUAGAUUUGCUCUGUUCCUUUUAUCGUAAUGUUCCCGUUCAUCUUAGAUGAUGUGAACGUGACUUUGGCCACUAACCAAAGAGCAAACCAAAAAUUGUAAAGGGUUUGUGUAGUGUUGCACAGCGGACAAAAGAGAGACCAAAAGCAAGCCCUGGAACAAAUGAAUCUGUUUUGGAGGUGUCAGUAGAUCUUCUCCGUCUCAUUUCCCAGCCUCAUGCUGGCUUUAACACCUGUCGGGAUUUUCUAGCUUUGGCUGUCAUUUAUUUCACACAUUGGUGUUAGGUAGGUUUUGCUGAGAUAAUGUUUUACAAUGAAUGAAGCUGUAAGCUUUAGUAUUUGGUGAACAGAUUUUGGAUGUUGUUCUGUGGUCUUUAAAGAAUGAUGGUACAAACACUUUUUUUUUUUUUUUUUUUUUUUUUUUUUUUGUCAAAGUUGAUUAACCGGUGCCUUGAUGUGAAACAUAGGCUUCACUACUCUUUGAGGUCAGCAAGAUUUAUUUAUUUGUUUUUAUCACAUAAUAUUAAUUUGUAUUUCAAAUUAAAUUAGUUCUUUUAAACCGUUUAUUCAUUGAAAAGAGAAAUGCGGUUGCGUAAAAAUACUGAUGAAUGUUUUCAACGUUAGUGACGCAGAAGACUGCUGAAAAAUUCAGUUUUUGCUUUUAAAAUCUAAAAGAAUUUUGAAUGAUAAAUCUUCCUGACCCCAAACGUUUGAGUUGAAGUGUAUGUGAAUCACUUACACCGCAUUUUUAUUUUUAUUUUUUUGUGUGUGUUGCCAUGCAAGAUUAUGGGAAUGAGAUGAGGGGAUCCUUCAAAGAAGGCAGAAAUGUUUGUUAUUUUUAGAUGUAUCAAUGUAUCAGCCUGGCCUUUUGUAAAAAAACAAAACAAAAAAAAACAUAUAUUGAACUAAUGGUAAUAUGCAAAAGCAAUAUGCCUGUUGGAUCAUAAUUGGGACAUGCAGUAAGGGUUCUGUCUGUAUAGCUGCAUUUGUUUUCCUCUGUAUCAUUCUUUUUGUUUCUAUGGGGAAACAUCCUAUUUGUAGGGAAUUGAUCUGCAUUGAAGCGACAGAGAUUUUCACGUCAGAAUCAUUAUGCAGUUUCCACAGAAAGUGAAUAUGCUGAAAUAAUAAAAUGGGACAAUCAAACAGCUUCACGAUACGGAAGCUUCCUCUUAAAAAUAAGUAAAACAGAAAAAAGAAAAAAAAAGGUUAGUUGAUUUAUGCUUGGCUAUAUUCUCAUCAGAAUGAUGAUGCUUUCAGGUUAGCAGAUCGCUGUAUUAUGUAUAUUGUUUGGUCUGGGGGAAAUAUGCAUGCCGGCCCACUUAUUGUUCAAGUAGAAUUGCAUGGUGCCCUCCGCGUUGUAAUACGAAACUACAGAUUACUUUUUGUUUUUGUCUUAAAACUUGAAAGUGAUUUUCAUUUAUAGCUAUAUCUCUUAUGUGAUAUUUCACCUGGCAUGCACUUAAUGAUUUAUUUUAAGUAAUAAAUAAUGUAUUCCAUAAGGGAUUAAUUAAUUGACCAUGUAAUGCUCCCAUCUUAUGGGACUCAUAAGGCCUCAAAUAUUUUAUCGCUUGGGAUGUGUUUCCCCUUCAAUGGUGCUUUACGACUGGUCAGGUUUCUUUUUGGUUUUUAUAAUGUAUAAGCAAAAAGAUGUUAAAUCGGUGAUAUGGGGUUAACAUACACUUGUAAAUGAUUUAAUGAACUGUACUAAUAGAGUCAUACUUCGCCAACUGACCUAGAUACUCAUGGUCCAUAUUCACUCGCUUUGUUCACAUAAAACCAGUUCAGUUUGUGCCACGCACAAUAAUCAAAAAAGAAGUGUUUACAGGGAAGGCUGUUGGACUACUUUUUGAUUGUGCAGCUCGUCCUUUUUAACUGUUGAAAACUGUUGACUUACUUCAGGUAGUUUAUGAACACUGAGCUAAACCUAGAGAUAUUGAAGAAAAGAAAAUCUUGAAGUCUUCCAUUGGUUCUCCACUU